AUGUUGCAAGGCAAGACUGCAUUUAUCAGUACCGGCGCUUCCCGCGGUAUCGGCGCAGAGGUUGCCAAGACACUUGCGGCACGCGGUGCAAAUGUCGUGAUUGCGGCCAAGAGCGCCGAGCCGCACAAGAUCCUCCCUGGCACGAUCCACUCUGUUGCAGACGAAGUACAUGCCAUUGCAGACAAGCAUCAAAAUGGAGCCAAAGCACUCCCUAUACAAAUGGAUGUGCGCGACGACCGCGCCGUGAAAGACGCCAUCGCAAAGGCGGUGGGCACGUUUGGCAACCUCGACAUUCUUGUGAACAAUGCAUCCGCAAUUAACUUGGGAACCACAGUUGACGCGAAACCAAAAAAUUACGAUCUAGUGAACAAUAUCAAUGCGCGCGGUACGUGGCUCGUCUCGCGCUACGCACUGGAGCACUUGUACCAAUCGGCCAGCGCGGGCCGCAACCCACACAUCGUGACGCUUUCGCCGCCAUUGAACCAGGGCCUCUUUGCGCGCCGCGACGACAAAAUGGACGCGUCUUUUGCGCAAACACGCGCCUUAUACGCCAUGUCCAAAUGUGCCAUGUCUGUAGCUGCGUACGCGCUCGCGGGCGAGGCCCUUCCUCGCGGCGUCGCAAGCAACACGAUUUGGCCUUACACGCUUAUCGGCACGAGUGCGAUGCGCGUUGUCAACCCUGGUGAAGGCGCGGAGCGUGGGUGGCGCUCCCCUGCAAUCGUCUCUGAUGCCGCUGUGCGUUUGGUGCAGGAGGACGCCAAGGAAUGGACGGGACGCUUUCUCAUCGACGAGCUAUACCUGCGCGAGCGCCACGGAUUUACUACGGAGCAGAUGGCAGCGUACUCAAUCGCGGGCCCCGACACGCCGUUCUCCGAUCUCUCUGAAGAUCUUUUCAUUACACAGGAAGUUCGCGAAGCAGUGCGUGCGUACUACUCAUAG